ACAAAUUGACCAGCACCAAGCUGCCCAAGCUGCUCACCCAUCGCGCGUUCGACAAGAGCUCACUGUGCGAUCCCACAGGACGCUAUUGAGCUACAGAUACCACGAGGACACGGACGCCUUUCGGUCGCGCGACGCAUUGUCGCGGCUUUUGGUGAUCAGCCUGGUGCUGAACCACGCCACAUCAUGGACGACACGAACGGCACUCCGAGGACCUCAAGUUCCUCGAGCUCGAGGGCGGCGAACGGUAUCAAUGGCGCAACCAAGUCCCCAGUGAACGGGCACGCGCCGAGCAAUAAGACGAGGACGAAACCCCGCGGGCCCGGAUUGUUCUCCCGAACAUUCAGCAUCGCCGCACGGCUGCUGACAUGGUACACCAUCCUGACGAUUCUAUUUCGAUGCCCCGCAAGCCUGGACGCCUGCGACGACACUUCUCCGCGCAUCUGCAAGCCCUAUUUCCAGCUCAAACACGUCGUCGCGCCCCAUGUCGAGCCAUACUAUGACGCGUAUGCGGCACCAUACGUCGAGGCGGUGCGGCCCUACUAUAACAUCGUCGACCAAAAAAUCAUUGCGCCGAGCUGGGGCUAUGCGAGGCAGUACGGCGCCCCGCGCCUGCAGCAGGUGCAGGCGUUCGCAGAAGUCCAGUGGGAGAAGACGGUCCAGCCUCAGGUGAAAAGGUAUCAGAGUCUUGCCAGAGCGCAGUACGACGAAAAACUGGCUCCCCACGUCAACACCAUCACAACCGCCCUUGGCCCAUACUACGAGAUUGCGCGAACCAACAGCCUCCAAACCUACCACGAAUUCCUGGUGCCCGCGUAUCUUUACAUGCAGCCGUACCUGGUGGAGGGGUACCGCGCGACGUCGAAUUUUGCCAGCAACACCAUCUUCCCAACCUGCGCCUGGACAUGGAACAAGACCUACAAUUUCCUGAAUGGAACGGUCGGACCACAGAUCAGGGCUAUCUAUGUCGAGAAUGUCGAGCCCCAGCUUGUCAAGAUAGGCAAGCGCCUGGGUCGUUACAGCACCGGCAAGAAGUCCGUCCCCAAGCCACCGACUGAUUCCUCAACCAGCGCCUCGGUCAAGACCACGUCCUCGUUUACUAAGCCUGCGGUCUCGGUUACUGCCACCUCCACGUCGGUAUAUGCGCCGUCGUCAUCAUCGUCAACCAGCGCCACUGAGACCAAGAAGGAUCGCGCCGCUGCUGAGUCUCCUAGAUUGAGGUCGACGUUGCAGCCCAUCCCCCCUCCCGAGGUUGACGAGAACCUCGAAAAGGAGGACCCCAGACGCCGCGAGACCCGGGAAAUCGUGGCGGCCGACCUCAAGGAUUGGCAGGAGCGGUAUGCCAAGGCCGCCGAUGAGGCUGCUGCCGAGAUCGACGAUCGGGUCCAGGAAAUUACGAAGACCAUGAUGCGGCAGAACGCGAGGGUCACGGGCAAAGCCCACCUCGACCGGCUGCAGUCAACUGCCGUUGACGAGCUUGGCGCCCUUCGGAGCGCCAUUAUCGAGAUCAUCGGGACUGUAAAGAAGGGCGGCGCGACGCCUGAAGACGCCCAAGAUCAGAUUGUCAAGGCUGUCCGAAAGGCGGGCUUGGCAGUUAAGGAGAAGGGACAGGCAGUACGCACAUGGCGCGAAGAGUAUGAGAAGGAGCUUCAGAACUCUGUCACGCAAGCCGCUGAGACUCACUUUACAAUCCUGGAGAACAUUCGAGAUUUGGCCCUCCAGAAGAUUGGCAUGAAGUGGGCAUGGACCGACGGCAUCACGUACAAGGACUGGGCCAAGUAUCAUCAACUCAAAGGCCGAUUUGACGAGUGGAAGAACGAUCUCCGGAACCAUGUCAUCAGCCACCCUAGUAUCGAGGUUGCCCAGAUCGAGGCGGCGAAUAUCGAAGAUGAAGCGAUGGAAGUUGCCGCCUCAACUGCCAAGGAGCUCGCCCGCCUGAAGCAGGUCGCUAAUUGGAAGCUGACUGCUGGCGACGAUACUCCCGAGUUUGACAGCACCUUGAUGCAGCAGGCUGCUGAGGCAGUUGAGGCUGCGAAAUUGGCUGCGGCUAGCGCGGCUGAAGCGAUUGGCAACGUUGCCAAGGAGGCCAAGGACUCGGUGUUAGACGGGAUAAGCGAAGGCGUCAGUCUUGUCUCUGAGGCUGCGAAUCAGGCGUCCAGCGCCGUUCUUGGGUCGAAAGAAGCCGAGGGCGGUUCCGAGGAGCAAGGAGCGGACUCGGAGGACGUCUCCAUAGCCUCUGAAACUUCGGAUCCGUCGUCCGAACCUGCCGUCGAAGCCUCCUUGGUCCUAGAAGACUCACAAUCUAGUCCAACGGAGGUGCCUCGAACUGAAGAUGCCACCAAAUUAGGGGUUGUCGCUUCUAGCGAAGACGCUUCCGAACCGGGCGAGCAGGCAACGGCCCGAGCUGUGGAUCCGAGCUCAGAGCUCUCGGUUGCUUCAGAGGAACUCUCAAGCGUUGCCGAUGCUACAUCCGAGCCGACCCCAAUUGUCGCAGACCAACCGGAAAUCGUAGAGCAACCCGAAAAUGCCUCGAGCAUGAUCUUCGAGACCCCAGUAAUCCUUGGCAAUUCUACUGAGGAGGUGGAAGAUGUCGGAGAGGACAAGGCUAGCCCGGUUGAGUUACCCACUGAGCAGAGCGGGUCAACCGAAGAACACGAGGACAACGGGGAUCUGGGUGUGGAAGAAGAUGCCCUGCCCGUCUCCGAGACGGCGACCGUGAGGCCAGCGAUCUUCGGUGCGGCCGCCCAAUCCGUCCCCAACCGGAGACCGAUACUCGACGAGGACACGCUGGACGAUGAUGUGUCGGCGGCCAUGGAGUCCAUGCGCGAGGACCUGAAGUCGGCCUACACGUCGGCCAUGUCGCUCGCCAAUGACCAGUACUCGCAAGCCCUGUCUAUAGUAUCUGCCCAAAUUCGCGGUACCCCGGAGCCGGCCCACGAAAAGUUGCUGGCGUCCGUCACGGCCGCUUACAGCAAGGCCAUGGCCUCGGCAAGCUCCCGUCUCGACGACGCGAUCAAGGGCGCGUCGGACCAGCUCUAUGGCUCUACAACAACCAAGUCUGGCAUCCUGCCUACCGAACUCCCGGUACCUGCGGUAGAGUGGUCACAAAUCCAGUCUAUCGCGUCUGAGCGGCUGCAGCAGGGCCUUCAGUGGGCCGAAGAACAGUACGAGAGCGCCAAGGUCGCGGUCGGCCUGGCCGAGGCUACCGACGCUGUCAAGGACAAGGCAUCUGGCCUCAAAGAUGAAUUGUGAGAAGUGCAGGGGGAGCUGAGAGUUCGUGAGGGGAGAAGAAAAGACUUCAAAGAUGGAACAAAACAAAAUAAAGAGCGUGGGGGAAGGGAAAGACCUGGGGAUGAUGCGAGAUGAUGAUUACGCG